AUGCCCGUGUCGAGCAGGCGUCGCACGCGCCGCAGGGACAUCCAGCUGCACGACUCGUCCGACGCGGAGGGCCCGGAUUCCUCGCCCAGCCGCCCGUCCACCAAGAGGCGCAAGGUCGAGUCUCGUCCCUCCCCGCCCCCUCGACAGGUCAAGACCCCCGAGCCGCCCUCUGACGACGACCCCGACGACUCCUCCCCCGAUAACGAGCUGUCGGCCAACCAGGACCUGGUCGACUCGGUCAUCGCGUCGCUGAAGGUGUCGCCCGAGGAGGUCAACGUGCUGCGCGACCACUCCAACGCAAAGUCCGAGAACAAGAGGAGCGUCCGCGCGUACGCCAAAAUUGCCGGCCGAGACUGGACCUACUACGUCAAGACGCUGCAUGUCAACAUCGGCCGGCCCCCCGAUCGCGACCAGAAGCUCGACGAGCAGUCGAGUCCCGUCACCAUCGCCGCCCGCGCGCUGCCCGAGAUCCACGUCGACCUGGGCCCCAGCAAGUUCGUCUCGAGGCUGCAUGCCGAGAUCUUCUUUGACGGUGAGGGGUCUGGCUCGUGGCGCCUGCGCGUCAACGGCCGCAAUGGCGUCCGCGUGAACAAUGUCAUGCUGAAGCGCGGAUCCGACGCCGUGCUCAACUGCGGCGACAUCAUCGAGAUCGCCAACACCCAGAUGAUGUUCGUCACCCCGGGCGACAAGGCCACCAUCCAUCCCAGCUUCAUCGAACGCGCCCAGCGACUCGCCGCCGGUGAGGAGCUGUCGUGGGACGGCUCCCAACACGCCCAUCCCUCGCACAACUCCCAGUCCGGUCAGAACCAGAACGGCAACGGCCAUGCUGCCACUACCACCACUACUGCCUCCAGCAGCGGGAAGCCGUCUUUGGCGCCCGCUCCGCAGUUCCUCAAACAACGCCAGGUCACGCCGCCUCCACGGUCCCCCGACACGAACUCGGGCGGCGCGUCGACGAAGCAGUCGCCGUUGUAUAACCGCGGCAUGAUGAUGGAGAGUACGGAGGAGAUUGACUACAGCAAGGAUUCGGCCAAGGAUCUGAAGCCACCGUACAGCUACGCGACGAUGAUCGCGCAGGCCAUCUUCUCGAGCGAGGAGGAGAAGCUCACACUGAAUAGCAUCUACCAGUUCAUCAUGGACAAAUACGCAUUCUACCGCCAUUCGAACAGCGGCUGGCAGAACUCUAUCCGACAUAAUCUGUCUCUGAACAAAGCGUUCCAAAAAGUGCCCCGUCGGACGGACGAGCCCGGCAAAGGAAUGAAGUGGCAGAUUGCUCCCGAGCACCGACAGGAGUACUGGAAGAAGCACCUUCGCAAAACCAACCAGUCGUCGGCGCCGUCGUCGCCUGCAACUAAAGACGGCGGGAAGUCAUCGUCUCGCGCCAACGGACAGAAUACUUCUAACAAUUCUAGCAAUUCGACUAAUUCCACUAACAAUCACUCUAAUAAUCACUAUGAAAGCGUCUUCUCCGCGUCAUCCAGCGCGGCCAAGACGUCUCCCCAGGGCCCGUCUCCGGCAUUCAGCUCCUUCUCGGUGGCUCCGGUGGAGGCGUACACUCCAGAGAGAGGCUCGCGAGCCAGCCAGGCAGGCCAGGAUCUGCCGCGCAAUAACAAUACCGACUACGACUCGCCGCUUCCCAGUCGUUCGCAAAACAAUAACAACAAUUCGACGGGCCGGGCGUACGGCCUGUCGGACAACGCCGCGGGCUCGCCGCCGGUGCUGUCGUCGUCGUACUACGACGAAGGACAGUCGUCGAUGAUCACGCCGGCGCCGCAGCGGCAGCAGCCGCGUCUGCCGCCGCCGAGCACGGCGCAGAUCCCGUCCAAGUUCAUGCCGAUGAGCUCGCCGGCACAGUUCUGGAAAUUCGCCGACAUUGGCAGCACGCCGGCGCGUCCGGUCCCGGACAUGAGUCCGCUGAAGGGGAGCGUCGGGGGAGACGGCGACAGCCUGAUGCCGAGCAGCAGUCCGCCGCCGCCGAACCUGGGCAGUCCGAGCAAACCGGGAACGACGAGUGGGCGGACGCUGGGGCCGCUCAAGCGGGAGGACGACGACAGUCGAGAGACGAAUGGGUCGAACAAGGCUUUGGAUGAUGAUGAUGACGAGGAGGGAUUCGAUCUGGCGAGAGGCUUCCAACCGAUCGGGUCGUAUCAGCGACAGCUGAGCAAUGCCGCGCGAGCGAAUGCCGCGAGUGCCACGAGUGCUACCUAG